AGUUCAUCUGGGAUGCAACCCAUCUCCCUGGGUGUAAAAAAUAAACGGCAGUAUUCUCUUUCGUCUCUUGAAGCCCUUUGGGUGUCAGUCCAGGGCAGCGCAUCAAAGAUUGAGGACAAGGUUGAGUGGAGUACUGCUUCCUCUUCUCUGCCACCAAAGCAUUCCAAACGUCCUUAUUCCCUUUCCUCUCUUGAAACCCUUUGGCUCACAGUCCAGGGCAGCGCAUCAAAGGUUGAGGAUAAGGUUGAGUGGACAACAGCUUCGUCUUCUCUGCCUUCCCAACGGCCAUAUUCGCUUUCAUCCCUUGAAGCCCUUUGGAUGUCCGUGCGGGGCAGCACAUCGGAGAGCACAAUGAUGAACUUUGCAGAGAAGAAAGAAUCCAUUUCUUGGUUUUCCAAGAGGUCAGGAAGGAGCAACAGAAAGCCCUUUCAAGCCCAACAGGACACUGAUUUCGAUCACCGAGACCUUGCCCUCCUGCCCCCUCCUCAUUUUGAGUCUCAGUCUUCCUAUGAGGAUCUCGUAGGGAGGAACUACCGGAGGGCGAGGAGUGAGAAGCGAGACCAAGCAAGUGCCCGGCAAAGGCAAAGGCGAGGGAGCAGACGCCGGUGGAGCCGAGCUAGGGGGAAGGCAUUCUCCUGCCAAAUCCGGGGAGACAUCACCACCACUUUGGAGGCAGGGCACCCAGCAUCUCCUCCAGCCGGAAAAAGAGUGUCCUGUGAAUCCGUUGGAGAGAGGCACCCUUCCAAGCCUCCCAAAGAUCCAGAGGGACAUGAAGUCUCCACCCAAGAAGGCACCCAAGCUUCAGAGAGAGAGACUCACACGCAGGUGGUCCUGGCACAAGAAGAGAAAGAUGAAGCACCUGGUCAGGCCUUUAUUUCUUUGCUGUGUAUGCUUAUCUGUAUGUUGACCUCUUGGGUAUUACAUCCGUCUCGCUUGACUGGAGGUGUCAUUUGAGUCUGGCCUUUCUAGGCACGGAGUGGUUUUAGCUCCU